UGUAAUGGCGUCCACAGCAGCCUCAACCGAAAGGGAAAACUUUCCAUCAUCGUUCAGCAGCAUGAAAUAUCAGUAUCCACCUGUGUUCAAAGAUUUCCUCAUCCGCCUUGCCAAAUCUUUGGACAGCGAAAAUCGUGCAGCAUUCCAGUUUUGGUGUAAGGGUCUUCUCCCGGGCUCGAUGUUGGAUGGCGACAUUACCACUGAUGCUGAGUUCUUCGCAUUGAUCGAUUCCCUUCUGAAUUCUAAUGAAUUAUCUCUCACCAACAUGAAAGUGCUUAAAGAUAUCCUCUCAAGUAUUGGUCGUAUGGAUCUGCUUCAGGAGCUUAAGAAAGUAAAAUUGCGAAUCUCAAUUGGUAUCAUUUUAGAAGAUUACCUGAAGUUCAAAUCUGUUGAUGGCUUCCGCCAGGGCACUCCUAUGAAAUCUCCUGAAAAUCACAGGAAUAUUGUGAAGCUUCUACUUACCACUAAAAAAGAAAAUCGUGACCUGAUAACAGAAGUCCUUGGACAGUUGAAGCCACUUUGUUCUGAUCAAAACUGCUUGAAGAAAUUUAAAAAUAUUGCUCUUAUUGGCUCAAAACUAUCGUGGCCGAUGAUUACCUCAUCUUUGGUGAUUAUUGGCGAACUUUAUGCUUUGCUUACUCCACAAUCAAGAAUUUUCGAGGGUGGUUCUUGUGUUUACCUGUUUUCCAAGACCAAGACAAGCGAUUUGCUAUCAGAUUGGAUGUUUGAAAACGGUGGUUUGAAAAUGUAUAAUGAAUUCAUUAGCAAGAAACAACGAGCAACAAUCAGUGAAUCAGUGCCAUCUUCCCAUGGAGAAUCUUUGAAAGACAAAAUUGAGCUGCUUGGAAGUCGUGUGGGUUUACCAUUGAGAAAUUAAGUUGAAAAUGUUGUUAACUUCUUUAUCAUCCUGAAUAUCAUUUUGAUUAUAGUUUUUGAUGUGAUCUUCAAGUAACCCCUCUUAUGG